AUGCCAGGUUCCUCUGUCAAGGCCGUGUCCUUGGAACAGCAGCCGCUGCGGGAGUGGCUGGCAGAGCGCCCGUUCCAAGGACAGGGCCAGCCCUCACGUCCUCUCGAUGACCUCCUCCAAUGCUGGCAUUCGACACAGUCACACGAUGAGGUGCAGCGGUCCCCUUGUCUGCGGUCUCACUUUGCCCAGUCUCCACCACCCGCGGUCUCCGUCACCCGUGUGGCCCGCGGGCGGAUGGUCCUCCCCCUCGCCUCGCUCCCUCGGGCCACGACAUGGUCCCGGCCCCCCCACAAUGGUUCUGGCCUCAGGGGCUCUAAACCCAGCCUUCCUGCCCUCCCCACCGGCCUAGUCCUCAGCCUGCAGUGUUACAGCUGUUUGGAACUGGAGACCACGAGCCAGUGCCAGCCCAUCCAAUGUCCCAUGUCCGGCGUCUGCUUCAACAGUGACAUGACCGUGACCUUGGGCACUGGAAAGAAGGUAAAGUCCCAGCACAAGGGCUGCGCCCCCUCCUGCGAGGUGGCCACGAAGAUUAUGACGCAGCUCUCACAGAUGACCAACCCUGAGAGCCUGAGCCAGGGGGUCCUGACUAAGUUCGAAGUGCAGGAGGUGACGUGCUGUGAAAAGGACCUCUGUAACGGGGUGGCCCGGAUGGCGCGCAGCUCCUGGGCCCUGGCGGGAGGGCUCCUGCUCAGCCUAGGACCCGCCUUCCUCCGGGCCCUGCCGUGAGCACCCCGCAGGCCGGCCAGCGUGCCGAAGCUUCCUGCAGCCUGCGCGUUAAGCAAGCUCGCGGCCUCGCACACGCACGCGUUCAUAUGCACCCACACACACAUAUUUGCACCCUGCACGCUCGCCCACACACAGGCUUUCCUGCCUGCCCACCUGGCCAGCCCCGGCGUCAGGCGCCCAGGGCCCUGCCGCACCAACAAGUCUGUCCCGUUUUGCAAACACCAUCGAUUGACCACCGACCCAAGAUGCAGAGGCCGCUAAGCCCCGGCUGGACGGGGGCCCCCAGGAAAGCAGAGCCCACAGCGCAGCCCGGGGCCCGCUAAUGGUGUGCCAGCCAAGACCGAAAGAGAAUAAACGCUUUCAACACCCC